AUGGCGGUUGGCGCAAGCACGCAUGAUGAAACUGCACAAGUACAUGGAGAUUCUGAACCGAAAUUGGCAGAGACAAAAGAGCAUUUUGAGAAUGCGUCUGCGAACGAUAACACGACCGACCAAGCGCAUACCCGCGACCCAGAAAAGACCACGCCACCCCCAGCAUCACUACCAAACACGGUCAACCCCGAACACCCAGACAAAGAAAAAAGCAACGCAGAAGCCAUCGCAAAGGAAAACACCGCCGACGGCACCACCCCCGAAGACGAGUCCAGAUACCUGCACGGCCCCAAACUAGCCAUCCUCUCCAUCGGCCUCUGCCUAACCACCUUCGUAAUCGCCCUCGACAACACCAUCAUCGCCACCGCCAUCCCACGCAUCACCACCGUCUUCAACAGCCUCGAAGAUGUAGGUUGGUACGGGUCUUCCUACCUGCUCACUACCACGUCCCUGCAACCUUCAUUCGGAAAAGUGUACACGUACUUCGAUGUCAAGUAUACGUACCUCUCUGCGUUGGUGUUGUUCGAAGUAGGCAGCGUUAUAUGUGCCGCGGCGACUAGUUCGGCGAUGUUCAUCGUAGGAAGGGCGGUUGCGGGCGCGGGGGCUGCGGCGUUGUAUUCGGGGGGUAUGACGAUCAUUGGGUUCUCGGUGCCGUUGAGGAAGAGGGCUAUAUAUAUUGCUGCGCUUUCAUCCAUGUUUGGUAUUGCGUCGGUUGUUGGGCCUAUCCUUGGUGGUGCGCUUACGGAUCGCGCGUCGUGGAGAUGCCACAUCUUCUACCUCCCCUUCUACUUCCAAGCCAUCAAAGGCACCACCGCCGAAGAAUCCGGCAUCCGCACCAUCGCCUACCUCGUCAGCAUAACCACCUCCUCCAUCCUCAUCGGCGGCCUCAUCACCCUCGUCGGCUGGUACGCCCCCUUCAUGUGGUUCGGCAGCGCCAUCUUCGCCAUCGGCGCCGACAUGCUCUACACCCUCACCGUCCACUCCCCGCCCGGCCAAUGGAUCGGCUACCAGAUCCUCGCUGGCAUUGGCGCAGGAGCUGGUGUCCGAAUCCCGUUCGUCGCUGUGCAGGUUGUUACGAACGAGAAGGAUAUGCCUACGGCGAAUGCGUGCGUCAUGUUUUUUAAUUCGCUGGGGGGUGCGCUGAGCAUAAGUAUUGCGCAGAAUAUCUUUGUUAAUACGUUGGCGAGGGAGGUGCCGAGGUAUGCGGACGGGUUUGAUGCGAGGAUUGUGGCGAGUGCUGGGGCGACGAAUUUGAGGGGUGUUGUUCCUGGGGAUGUACUGCCGGGGGUGUUGCGGGGGUAUAAUAACGUGAUUGUUACGGCUUUUGUAUUGGCGAUUGCGACGAGUAGUGUGGCGUUCUUUGUUAGUCUGGGGAUGGAGCGGAAGAGUGUUAAGGGGAAGAAAAUUUGGCCGGUGGUGCGGCGUAGAUAA